AAAUGCCGUGACUGUAGAGAAAGUGAAAGCGCCAGUGCGGAGCUGUCCUGAGGACUCCAAGAAGCCUCCCUCCACACUGGGCAGGGACAAGUGCCAGGCCCAUUCUCCUCUCUUCUGGAUCAGGAGGAAAGGGGCUUCGCACUGAGAUGAAAAGCCUGAGAAGCUGGGAGGGAGGAUCUGCAGCACCACCCUCCACAUCCUCUGCUCUCGGCCACAUUGCUUCAGACCGUCUCAAAACAGGACCAGGAACAGAUGAGCUGGAAAGUUUCUGAGAAAACCAGGAAUUUUCACUUCUUGCUGGAACUCCAUCCUGUGUGGAGGUUUUCAAAAUGCCCAGAGUCAGCAAAGAAUCAUAGAAUCAUAGAGUUGGAAGAGACCACAAGGGCAAUCCAUUCCAACCCCCAUCUGCCAGGCCCCGGAAGGGAGGAAUCUGAACUCAGGAUUAUCCUUGUUGGAAAGACCGGAGGCGGGAAGAGCGCUACAGGAAACACCCUUCUUGGCCGGAAGGCGUUUGAGUCCGUGGCGGCACUGAGGACGACCACGCUCAGGUGCCAACGAGAGACACAGAGGUGGAGAGACUUGGACCUUUCUGUGAUCGACACUCCAGCCCUUUGUGACCCAGACACCUCCACCACAAUCCUGCUGCCGGAGAUCAGGCGCUGCAUUGACCUCUCCAGGCCCGGCCCUCAUGCCUUGGUGUUUGUGACCCAGGUGGGCCGCUUCACGGCAGAAGACGAGGCGGCCGCCAAUCAAGUCCAGGCUUUGUUUGGAGAAGAGGCCUUCAAGCACAUGGUCAUCCUCUUCACCCGCAAAGAGGAUUUAGAUGGGGAUUCCUUGGAGGACUAUGUGUGGGGCUCAGAUAAUGAGGCUCUCCAGGGGCUAAUUCGGAAGUGUGGGGGGCACAUGUGUGCUUUCAAUAACAGGGCAUCUGGGGAGGAACGGGAGAGGCAGGUCUCCGAGCUGAUGGAGAAGGUCCAGCGCAUGGUGGAGAAGGAGGGAGGGAGGCAUCUCUCCAAUAGGCUCUACUUGGAGCCGGUCUUGACAGAUGAAAAGAUUCUAGCAUUCAUGGCAGAGAAUGGAGGUACCAGGCCAAAGCCAAGGGGAGGUUGGAAUUUGGAGAGAACUUGGCUGAAAAAAGGGCUAAUUGCUCUUGGUGGCUCUGCUUUAGUUAUCGGCGUGGUUAUAUUGGUGAUUUAUUUGGCAAAAGGUAAUUAAUAUACAAUAUCUUUUUUAAAAAGGGGGAAUUUCACGUAGCAUAGAUCCAAGUCAGGCAACUGUGGGUUCAGGAGCCCGGCAUGCCAUGGGCCAGGUGAGACACAGACAGACAAAGACAAUGUCGGAGCCUUUAUUCUCAAUGGGCAAUGUGCGUUCUUUCUCAUUCGUCCCUUCUGCCACCAUGACCUUACACUCUGCUGUUCUUUGCCCACAUGAUGGUUUUUCCUCUGGUUUAAUCUCCGAAAUGCUGGAGCGCAGCCUUUGAGGCCUCAGUCCUCAGUGUCACCAGGAGGCGCUUCCGUCCCCCUUGGAAAGGCUCCUGCUCUUUUUGGCCAUACAUGGUGGACAUCUGACCAUGCGGAAAAGUCUUCCAACCCCUUAUAAGAAUUGCGUACUAAAUAUCUAUCUAUAAUAAUUUAUACACAUAAUAAUAGUGAAAAUGUGUAAGUGUGUAUGUGGCAUAGUUGUCCGCUCACACAGACAGAUAGGCAGCCUCUGCAGAAAAGCCUCCAGAGAAGGAGACUCGAACACACUCCCAGGCAGCCUGUGCCACUCUCCAGAAGGUCUUCCGAAUCUUUUCAACACAUUGCUCCCUUGUGCCCUGGUCUCUAGAGCAGCAACAAAGCAGUUUUCCCUCUCUACCUUCUUUUCUCCCAGGUAAACAUCCCCCGGGGAAAAGAAGGAAGGAAAAAGAGAUGGGAGGGAGAAAGAUGGAAAGAAGGGUGGAAGAGAAUGGAGGGAAGGAGGAAAAAGAGAAGAAAGAAAAGACAAAAGAAGGAAGGAAGGAAGGAAUGAAGGAAGGAAGGAGAAAGGGGAGAAGA